GAUAUUUCUCUCUCUAAUGGCGUCCGACACCGACACGCCGCGCCCUCCGGCGGGGCUCGCCCCCGCCCCCGUCCCCGCCACGAGUGCCGCGCCGCUCGCCGCCUUCGCGUCGCUCUUGGCCGCGCGCCGCUUCGGGGCGGCCAAGGCGAAGCUGCCGUCCCUCCUCACCCCGGCCCUCCUUUCCGUCCCCUUCGCGGACCUCGCCGCAUCUACCCUCCCACGGGGCGCUCCCAAGCACGCCGUGGCCGCGUUCCACGACAUGCUCUUACGCGCCUACGCCGACUCCGGCGCGGCCGUCCGCGCCGCCGAGGCGCUGGACGCCACCGUGUCCCGCCUCGGCCGGCUCGACCCGCGCUCCCUCACCUCCUCGCUCCUCUCGCUCCGCCGCGCCGGCCAGCUCCCCGCCGCCGCCGACCUCCUCGGGAAGGCGAUCGCCUCCUGCCCCGCCUCCGUCACGCCGCUCUCGGCGUCCGUCGUCGUUGACGGCUUCUGCAAGUCCGGCAGCGUCGACGACGCCCACGGGCUGCUCGACGAAUUGCCUCGCCACGGCGUGGGGCUCAACGCGUGCUGCUAUAACUCGCUGCUCGACAGCUACACGCGGCAGAGAAACGACGAUGCGGUCGCGGGGUUGCUGAAGGAGAUGGAGAACAGAGGCGUGGAGCCCACGGUCGGGACCUAUACGAUCCUUGUGGAUGGUUUGUCGAGAGCCGGCGAUAUCAGCAAGGUUGAGGCUGUGUAUGAUGAGAUGAAGAGGAAGAAUGUCGCGGGUGAUGUCUACUUCUACAGCGCAGUCAUCAACGCGUACUGUCGGGGUGGGAAUGUCCGGAGGGCGUCCGAGGUGUUUGACGAAUGCGUCGGCCAUGGCGUCGAGCCGAAUGAGCGCACGUACGGGGCAUUGAUCAAUGGGUUCUGCAAGAUUGGGCAGAUAGAGGCUGCGGAGAUGCUGCUGGCGGAUAUGCAGUUGCGAGGGGUAGGGCAUAACCAAAUUGUUUUCAAUACGAUGAUUGAUGGGUACUGUCGCCAUGGCAUGGUGGAAAAGGCGCUUGAAAUAAAGGCGGUCAUGGAGAAGAUGGGCAUUGAGUUGGAUAUCUAUACGUACAACACGCUCGCAUGUGGGCUUUGCAGGGUCAAUAGAAUGGAAGAUGCCAAGAAGCUAUUGCAUAUCAUGGCUGAGAAGGGAGUUGCGCCAAACUAUGUCAGCUACACUACGUUGAUCAGCAUCCAUGCCAAGGAGGGUGACAUGGUAGAGGCAAGAAGGCUGUUCCGAGAUAUGGAAGGUAAGGGGUCAAGACCAAGUGUUGUGACCUACAAUGUCAUGAUUGAUGGGUACAUCAAGAAUGGGAGCAUCCGUGAGGCCGAGCGAUUCAAAAAGGAGAUGGAGAAGAAGGGGCUUGUCCCAGACAUAUACACUUACGCGGGGCUUGUUCAUGGGCACUGUGUCAACGGAAAGGUGGACGUGGCACUAAGGCUGUUUGAAGAGAUGAAGCACAGGGGAACCAAACCUAACGUUGUGGCAUACACGGCUUUGGUAUCAGGUCUGGCAAAGGAAGGGAGAUCUGAGGAGGCCUUCCAGUUGUAUGACGAUAUGUUGGCAGCUGGAUUGACUCCGGAUGAUACUCUAUAUUCUGUGCUUGUCGGGAGCCUUCACACGGAUAGUAGGAAGGAUCCUCUGCCAAGAACAACGUAGGGUUUGUUUGGCAGCUGUUAUUAACCGAUUAUACCAGCAGGGGAUUAACCCAGUCCUCCCUUGCACGCGUUACUGUGAACACCAAGGCUGGUCAUUGCGUCGUCAUCAUGUCCUUGGCCAAUGUGCUAUGAGAGUUCGGCAUUGUUGCCAGGCUGAGGCAGGAGUUUAGGAAGGCUGGUACCAACUCUGUGGUAGUGCUGCACCAGUCUGGAAUACCAUCACCUGGAGGAGGGGCUCAUGUGAGGGCUUGGAUUUUGUCGUGUUGACUGCUUAAAUCAUAUGAGUAAAUAGAAACCAACUGCCUUACUAUUUUUUUCAAGGUUUUAGGGACAUGUAUUUAGAUGUAUUGAAUGAUUAAUGUUAUCUUGACCGGGUACUGAAUGAAUUGGUUAUGAGAUGAGGUGAUUGCCUAGUUUA